UAAACUAAUAAGAAUUGAUCCACGGUUACUUUAAAAAUAAUCUUUUUCAGUUUAAUUAAACAAAGAAUUCGAAAAUUGAAUCUAAACUGUUGACUUAGACUUGAAAAUACAUUAUGUUAUAUGUAUAUCCCACUAUAUUUCAAUUCCCUUACUAUCGUAUAUCUUAUUUCAUGUCACAGACAGAGCAUUUGCAGUUUACACACACGCGCGCGUGCUAUUACGCAUCAGUUUGACGAGCCAAAUACUUAGCGCCAAACGAAACGUGGAUAGAAAUCAGGUACUCACGGUGAAGAGGCGUAAACUAUGGUUGCUCACGGUGCGCUGCUGUCGCCAAUGGUCCAUGCGAAUGUGACUCCGCCUCUUAAGCGUGGUCGGCCUUUUCCUCCCCCAAUCUACCGGCUUCACUGUAUCGUUCAGUUGCGCUUAGUCGAGCGUGCGCAGAAACGUUUAUGCGCGCACGUGUAAGUAAAUGUGCGCUAAGCACACAUAAGAGGAGCGUUUUAGAAUUGAAUGCGUUUUGUGUGAUCGUCCACAGCCAAUCGGUUACUCAACCACUUGUGGCCUUUUCAAGCUACUCUCUUCUUUUAAAUUCUCCUUUUUUUUUCUCGUAGAUGUCUUUUCGUUAUUUUACAUACACGCAUCGAUGUAACGCAUAACGAAUGCACGAUGUAUAUCGAGAACGAAGCUUAUUUGCGAACGUUCUUUAAAUCCAAUCGAUUCAUUUAAAUGCACGUACAAGUAUACUUUGCUACAGACGCGCACGCAUACAUAUGUAGAACGAUACACUAAGACGCGACUGAGACUGUGUGUUGCUGUCUCUAAGAGGCGUGUAGAGGGAUUUUCUUAUUUCUGCUCUGGUAAAUCUGUCGCUCCAGUCAGUGAGGCAGCGAAGGGCAAGCCGCGCGCCGUUGACCGUGUCUCUGCUUCUUUUUUCGUCUACUCAGCUGCCAAUGCCUACGGAUUCGUGGUGUACACAAGCGAGACGGUGCGGUAUAAUAGUUCGCGAAUUUGUUUUUUCUUUACGUUCACAUCUUAUGCUAUGUAUUACACACAUCAUUAUUAGACGUAGUAUUUUUGUAUGACUGCAUGCCUGAUAACAUCAAAAAACGAAAUGAUUAUAUUUUUGUUCAAUUCAAUGCGCACUAUACAAGCUUCAUUGUGACUGCGGACUUAUCUAUUAUCUCUUUUGGAUUUAUCAUAGACGUCACAUUUAUGUUAAACGUGUAUUUAUUGAAAUUUGUUCGAUAAGUUACAUUUUUGCAUAAAAUUAUUGUACGCAAAAUCAUAAUUUAUAGAACAUUCGUUAAUCAAAAGAUUUGAAUAUUAGAUAUCGAAUUUAUAAUGUCAAUUAUUAAUAUGUACAACAUUAAAUUAAAUCACUCGUGUGUGCUAAAAAGAUCUUUUUUAUUAACAAAAAAAGUAAUUUAGACAUUUUCAAUUUGGUUAACCGAAAUAUGGAAAUGACAUAACAUUAUUUUUAACUACUUAUGUAUUUUAUAACACACCUAUUUCUUAUAUUGGAUUGUUUAACAUUUAUAAAUUGGAUACAUUAUACGACUUAUGUACAUUGUACACAAGACAUCAGAAUAGCAUUUGAAAAAGCGUAACAACGACAGGAUUAUCAACGAAACUAGACUGUUCUUCUUGAGUGCAUUUUGAAAACUACAGACGGAACACUGCAAUUCCGAAGCCUUUGCCUUGUAUGUAACCGACGGCUGCUGGACACGUCUCUUCAAUGGACCCGAUUAUACUAGAAAACAGCAAUACUGAAAUUGGAGCACAACCACAACAAUCACAGCAACAUCAACAGCAACAUCAACAACAAUAUGGAGAAGUAAAUCAAUUAGGAGGUGUAUUUGUCAAUGGAAGACCACUGCCCAAUGCUGUCAGAUUGAGAAUAGUUGAGCUUGCACAAUUGGGUAUCAGACCAUGCGAUAUCUCACGACAAUUACGUGUCAGUCACGGAUGUGUUAGUAAAAUUCUAGCACGAUAUCAUGAAACGGGUAGUAUUUUACCAGGCGCAAUUGGUGGCAGCAAACCACGUGUGACUACACCAAAAGUCGUGCAAUACAUUAAACAAUUAAAAUUAAAAGAUCCAGGGAUUUUUGCCUGGGAAAUAAGAGAUCGAUUGUUAUCUGAUGGCGUUUGCGACAAAUAUAAUGUCCCAUCAGUAUCGAGUAUAUCAAGGAUAUUGAGAAAUAAAGUUGGCACACCGACAACUAUGCAUCAUCAUUCACAUCAUUCAGCUCACCAUCAUCACCAUCAUCAUCAUCAUCUCUACGCAGCCGCCGCAGCGGCCGGUGCAGCCCUUUGUCCAGUACCGUAUCCACCAACACCUUAUCAUCCAACAGCGCCGCCUUCCAUUACACAUCAUCAUCAUCAAGUUGGACUAUCGUCAGCCAAUAAACUGUCGUCAUCGUCGCCUCCAAUAGUACAUGAUAGUGGUGGACAUCAAACAGCGACCAACAACGCUUUGCAGUGGCCAAGUCCUCACACUGUACACGACAUUCUAGCUAACAGUUGUAAUGUACAGAAUUCGUCAUCAUCCUCUUCACCAACAUCGUCACUAUGCUCCACGAUCAACAAUAAUCAUCACAACCGUCACGACGACAGUUCUGUUAACAAUAAUAAUAAUAGUAAUAAUGAAAAUAAUAAUGAUCAUAGAGUAUCGAGCGGUUAUCUUCAUCACCAUCAUCCUCAUCUAACACAUCAUCAACAGUAUUAUGCCUCAACACUGUAUCAUCAUCAUCAUCAUCAUCAUACAGAUGCUGUAACUGCGGCUACCAUAUCAUCUACUCUUUCUGUACAAUCCAUUAUGUUGCAGUCAGGAACAACAAGCCAGCCAGCCAGUCCUUGUAAUUAG